AAUGAGUUAUGAAGUUGAUGUACCAGGAUUUCCUGCCAACAACCCACAGCAGUAUACAGCUAUCAAGAAAGCUAUGAUGUCUAAGUUCAGUUUGAUUCAGGGACCUCCAGGAACAGGGAAGACCUUCACAGGAGUCAAACUUGUGUAUUUAUUUAAUAAGUUGAACAAGCUAUCUCAGGAGAAAGAUGGAAAGAGAAGACGUGUGAUUUUCUGUGGACCAUCAAAUAAAUCUGUUGAUCUAGAAGCAAGAUGGGUAGUGAAUAAACUUGGAGACAAGGCUCCCAAAAUAGUCAGAAUGUACGCUAGUGCUUAUGAAUAUCUCGACUUUCCUGUACCUGGCCGUGCUAUCAUUUCCAGUAGGUCGAUGAGGUCUGCUCAAUCAGAUCAAUUAUUAAAUGAGAAGGGUGUAGUACUUCAUCAUAUCAUUAGAUCAGAUGGAAAGCCUCAUGCAGCAAAAAUCCAAGAGUUUGAUGCUAAGUUUCAUGCAGACAACAUUAUAAUAAAAGAAAAUGAGAAACUGCCCCAUGAGCAAAAAAUACCAGUCAACACAAAAUUGCAGGACAUUUAUGAAUACAAACAUAUGUUACACACUGCCACUGUAGAAGAGUUAGAUAAUUAUGAUGUAAUAUUUUGUACCACCUCCCUGGCGGGUAAUCCACGGUUGUUGACUGCUACAAAAGAUCAAGUGGCUCAAGUCAUCAUUGAUGAAUGUGGCAUGUGUUCCUAGCCAGAGAGUAUGGUUCCAAUCAUUGCCACACAUGCCACUCAGGUUGUUCUUAUUGGUGAUCACAAACAGUUACGUCCAAUUAUUAUGAGUCGUGAGGCAUCAGAGCUAGGUUUGGAGAAAUCUUUGUUUGAGAGAUAUUCCAUUGACCGUUCUCUGAUGACAAUGUUAGAACAACAGUAUAGGAUGAAUACAAGUAUUUGUGAGUUCCCAUCUAGAAUUUUUUAUGGUGGUAAAUUAAAAACAGCUCAUGAAGGUAUUGGCAAAGCAGUUAAACCACUAAAGAUGUGGCGGAAAUCCAACAGCAUCCCAAGAGUGUUUUGUCAUGUUGAAGGAGAGGAAGAAACAUUGACUGUAAAGACAAAGGAAGGGAAUGAACAAUCCAGGAGCAAUAACAGAGAAAUAGAACAAGUGUUAAAAGUAUUUCGACACAUGGUCACAGAUGAAGGUGUGGAUCCAAAAACUAUUAAUGUUAUGUCUCAGUACAAUGCCCAAUGUACAGCACUGAGAGAAGAACUAACAAAGAAAGGCUUUGACAAGUUCAAUGUCACAACAGUUGUCUCUAGUCAAGGUGGUGAAUGGGACUAUGUGAUUUUCAGCCUGGUUAGAUCAUUACCUAAGUACUUGAUAGAGAAGAAUCCUACUGAAGGCUGGUGUAUACAGAACCUUGGAUUUAUUACAGACAGACAUCAGAUUAAUGUAGCUCUAACAAGAGCUAAGAAGGGACUCGUAAUUAUAGGGAACAAGAACUUACUGAUUUGUGAUGAAGUAUGGAAGAAAUUGAUAGAGGACUAUGAAGAGAAGGGUUGUAUCUUUGAUGCUCGUCAGUUUCCAUGACAAACAUGCUACUAAGGACAUUAUCAGGCUAAUUUAAUUUAAGUUUACUUAACAAAUGACAUUUUGGCAGCAGAAAUGAAUUGUUCUAUAUAUAUUUUAUGUAUGUUCUUGUGCAAACUUCUGAAAUAUGUUUAAACGGUUGUAAAGGUAAAUAUUUUUUACUUGAAUUAAUUAAGAAUUGUAAAUAGACUUAUUAUAACACACAAAAUAUUUGAAAUUUAAAUUGAACACCUCUCAAUAGGACAAACUAAAUUAAACACAUGUCUAUAGGUCAAACAAAGUUGAACACCUGUCUUUAGUUCAAACAACAUAAAACAU